AUGCUCUCUAAAUUCAUCCUCACUGCUGCCCUUGCGGGCUCCGUUCUCGCCGAUUUCGACAUCAUGACCAAGCCGUAUCCCACUGAGACCAUAACCAAUCCUGGAGAGGUUGCAUCGAAGAUCGCCAAAAUCGAUGCGGCCAUUUGCAGCCAGCAUGCGAGGCUGGCUAAGGACUCGGAAUAUCAGAGUGCAAUGAACGCUCUCGCGGCAUUCGCGGUAACCCGACAAGACGUCCAUGACGGGUACAAGUUGCCGCACGACCAGGCUUUCUAG